UUUGCCUUCAAACUCAUUCCUCUUUAAGCUGUGUUGUGAGUCGUAAGAAAAAAGUAACAGUCAAAAAAUGUUGGCCAUUUUGUUAAUGUCCUUUAUAUUGGUAUUCCUAUUGUGGUUCUAUUAUUAUAAACAAUUUCUUUACUGGAAAAAUAGGGGUGUGCCUCAAGAUGACACCGUGCCCAUAUUUGGAAGUCUCAAGAAUGUGCUACUCCUUCAACAAUCACUUGGAGAGUACCUCAAAGAACUUCACAACAAAAGCACAUCGCCUUACACAGGAUUUUACAUAAUGCAGGAGCCAGCCUUGCUAAUCAACGAUCCCCAGCUGGUGCAGCAGGUGCUGGUCAAAGUUUUUAACAAUUUUUCAAACAGAACCACCGUUUCCGACUCCGGAAUCGACAAGAUGAGCGCCUACAUAUUGUUCAAUUCCAAAAGCCCGUUGUGGAAUCAGAUCAGGAAGAAGAUUAAUCCUGUGUUUAGCUCAGGAAAAAUUAAAGGCAUGUUUCACCUAAUAGACGAAAACACCGACGACCUAAUGACCCACGUAAAGACAAACGGACCGAUAAUCAACACCAGAGACGUCUUCGCCCGAUUCACGACUGACGUCAUUUCGUCGACGUGCUUCGGAAUCAACGCCAACAGCCUAAAGAUACCGGAAGCGGAAUUCCGGAAAGUAUCCUUCCGAUUGUUCGACAUGGUAAAGUUCGCCGUGGCUGUGCCCCAGUUGCUCUACUUCCUUAUGCCGACCAUAGUGAAGGUGCUAAGGAUCCGGUUUUUGGACGGCUAUUGCCUGGACUUUUUGAGGAGGGUCUUCUACUCCACCCUGACGGAGAGGAGAGGCACCAAGAGUUUCAGGAACGACUUAAUAGACAUACUGAUUCAGAUCAAGAACAACGAAACACCGGACGAUCCAAUAAAACUAGAUGACGACAUGCUUUUGGCACAGUGUGUGCAGUUCUUCGUGGCCGGCUUCGAAACGACCAGCUCCUCCUUGACUUACCUGAGCUACGAACUGGCCAAGCACCCACACAUUCAACGAAAACUGAAAAACGAAGUACGUGAAGUACUAAAGAAGCACGGCGACUUUUCCCAUUGCGACUUCUUGAAGGACUUGAACUACAUGGACCUGUGUAUUAAAGAAUCUCUGAGGUUGCGUCCGAUACUCAACUUCCUGGACAGGCGGUGCACCGAAACGGUACAAAUACCCGGUACUAACUUGGUCAUAGAAAAGGGUACGCCAGUUUACAUUUCGCUGUUUGGUUUGCAUCACAACGAAAAAUAUCACCAGGACGCAAAAGCCUUCAAGCCGGAACGUUGGUUGGAGCCCCACACUAAUUUUACGUACAUGCCCUUCGGUGAAGGGCCGAGAACCUGCGUCGGUCAAAGAUUCGCUUUAACUGCAAUGAAAACGGCAAUGGCUAAACUACUGGCUGAAUACACCAUCGAAAUGACCGAAAAGACUCCCAAAGAGACUUGUCCAAUUGAGGAGAAAUCAACGCUUACAAUACUUAAAGAAAUACUUUAUUUAAAAGUUGUUAAAGAUUAAGUGUUGUUGAUGGUGAUUAAUUUUAAGAAAAUGUAAAGUAAUUAUAAAUAUUAAUUUUAUUUAAAAUUUUAAUAAAAA